AAUAGAGUGGAAGGGGUGCUAAAAUGAAGGAGGAAGGGAAGGAUGGCAGUGAAUGACGGCCAGCUUCAAAGUCUGUUAUAUUUAUUUACGUUUUGGCUAAAAAGGCUCUCUCAUUGUAUGCAAAUUCCCAAACUCACUUAGCUUCCAUUCCAAAGAAGCAGUUCAUCCCUCUCCUCUUCUCUCCGAAACUCGUCUCAAUCAAAUCGUUUCAAGAAAAAUGUCGUGGCAGACAUACGUUGAUGAUCACUUGAUGUGCGACAUCGAUGGUCAGGGCCAGCACCUCGCCGCCGCCGCCAUCAUCGGCCUCGACGGCUCCGUCUGGGCUCAGAGUUCUUCCUUCCCUCAGUUUAAGCCCGACGAGAUCGAAGAUGUCAAGAAAGAUUUUGAGGAACCAGGCUAUCUUGCUCCCAAAGGCUUGCACAUUGCGGGCACCAAGUACAUGGUAAUCCAGGGAGAGCCUGGAGCUGUCAUCCGUGGGAAGAAGGGAUCUGGAGGCAUCACCAUAAAGAAAACUGGACAAGCUCUAGUUUUUGGGGUGUACGAGGAACCAGUGACUCCUGGACAGUGCAACAUGGUUGUGGAGAGGUUGGGAGAUUAUCUUGUUGAUCAGGGUCUCUAGAUCUCCAUCUCUCAUGAUCAUUUCAAGUUUUGAACCUUCUUUUUUCUUCUUUAACCUUUGGGAUUAUUUCUUCUUUUCUUCCCCACAUGGGGUCUGCAUGGCCCCAUAUCAUUUCGACACUUAAAUUGAGAAAGUCAUUACCAUGCAGACAAUAACCAUAUGAGAAUCUAAUCAGUUGUUUUUUGGGUUUCCCAUUUGGAUGUUAAAUUACAUAUAUGGUGGUUUAGUCAUCAAUUAUUGUGUAUUCUUUCAGUGCUUUCCUUAAUGUCAUUGAGGGGCCCCUGUUUCUCUCUCA